GCUCCUUCGCCCCCCCCCUCCCCCACUCCCCCGACUCCCUCUCCCUCUCCACCCACCUCUUCUCUCACUCCCCCAGCGACCCACUCUCCAAAUCCUACGCCAACGCCGCCCUCCACGAAUGCCUCCGCUGGGACAAAACCGAAAUGCUCAACACCUACCUCCGACUCUACCAAAUGCUCGACCACCCCCACCAACAACUCAGCUACUCCGACCUCUGGAACGCCAAAAUCCUACUCUGCUUCUACAACCAAUGCCUCGUCGACCAACCCCCCCCCACCCCUCAUCCAAGACGAACUCCUACACUCUCUCGACGCCAUCCUCCACCUCAGAGUCCCCCCACACCUCCACGCCACCUACUACGACCUCCCACACCACUCGCGUCGCCCACCCCGCCACUCCCUCGACUUCGACCCCCCUCUCCACCGCGAACUCUCCAACUGGAAACGCAUGCUCCAACACCACCUCUCCGACCCCGCCCUCAAAGCCGCCAACCCCUGGACCCUCUUGAAACUCGCAGAACUGCAGGAAAAACUGCCCCCCUCCUGACAAAUACCACAACCAUAACAACAACAAAAA